ACAGAGCUACUGAAUGUUACAGUGACAUCUGACGUUUAUUCUAGAUCAAAAGUGACGCAUGUUGGGUUUUUAAAAGUGCACAAGGCUGGAUCAACUACUAUGCAGAACUUAUUUUUCAGAUUUGGAAUUAAACAUAAACUAAACGUUGUUAUUCCAAAGUCUGGGAAUUAUUUGCUGAAAAAAUCUAAGGCAAUGCCACCAAAAUACUCUGACCAUUAUGAUAUAUUUGCAUGUCAUACUGUAUACAGUAAUGCAUGGUAUUCUGCUUUGUUGCCAAAAGAUGCUAUGAGAAUAGCAAUCAUACGCGAACCAUUAGACCGUAUGAUAAGCGCAGCCUACUACUACCGUGAUGUAUGGGGAGUCGGCUACCUUAAAAAUGUGCCAAAAGCAAAUUUUAUUCACAAUAUUAUACAGAAACCCGAAACAUAUGAUCGUGCUUUCUUCUCGAGAACUAAGAACUCCAUGGGCAAAGAUUUCGGGUUCUCAAAGAAUACAGCCAAAGAUAAUACCACAAUUCGGAACUAUUUACAGCAGUUGGACAAUGAGUUUUCUUUAGUAAUGCUAACAGAACAUAUGGAUGAGUCGUUGGUAAUGAUGAGAAGGCUCUUAAACUGGUCUAUAUCAGACAUUAUUUAUCUAUCAACAAACACUCAUAAACACAAUCCUACACUUUUAAAUCAAUCGGAACUGAUACAAUUUAAGAAGACAAAUAUUCUGGAUUACGCAAUAUAUGAAUACUUCUCAGUUGUUUUUGAGGAAAAAAUGAAAGCCCUGGGUCAAGACCUAAAAGAGGAAGUGUCGUUUGUUAAAAAAUGUUUGACUAGUGUAUACCAGUUUUGCCAACGAAAAGAAAAUAUAAAUGUAACUUAUGUCGAAUUUGAGAGUUCAAAGUGGGACACUUCCUUUAGAAUUACAAGGACGGACUGCGAUUGGAUGAAUACGAAGGAGCUGGCUUUCAUCGCGAAACUCAGGAAAAUGUACAGUACUUAG